GGGGGAGCGGAGCCCUUUCCCCCGGGCUUGGGGGCGGUUGCCGGGGCCGGCCUCGGCGGGGGACCAUGGGGCUCUGUAAGUGCCCCAAACGGAAGGUGACCAACCUGUUCUGCUUCGAGCACCGCGUCAACGUCUGCGAGCAUUGCCUGGUGGCCAACCACGCCAAGUGCAUCGUCCAGUCCUACUUACAAUGGCUCCAGGACAGCGACUACAACCCCAACUGCCGCCUCUGCAACACCCUCCUGUCCACGCGGGAGACGGCGCGCCUCGUCUGCUACGAUCUCUUCCACUGGGCCUGCCUGGCCGAGCGAGCCGCCCGGCUGCCCCUCCACACGGCCCCCGCCGGCUACCAGUGCCCCAGCUGCAGCGGACCCAUCUUCCCCCCCGGCAACCUGGCCGGCCCCGUGGCCACCGCCCUGCGGGAGAAGCUGGCCACCGUCAACUGGGCCCGGGCCGGACUGGGGCUGCCGCUGAUCGACGAGGCGGUCCCUGAGCCCGACACCCUCGACGCCUCGGACUUCCCCGACUGGUCCGCCUUCAACGCCGGCGCGGCCCCCGGACCGGAGGAGACGUCGGCCGCCGCGGGAACCCCACCCUACUACGGCGGCCCCCCCAGGCCGCCUCCUUCCCCGGGCCGGCCGGAGCAGCACGCCGUCAUCCACAUGGGGGGCCCGGAUCCCCCGCCCGCCUCUGCCCCGCGGAAGGUGUACGACACGCGGGAGGGGGACGGCGACCGGCCGGCGGCGGCGGCGGCGGACGACUGCGACGACGACAAGUACCGGCGGAGGCCCGCCCUGGGUUGGCUCGCACAACUGCUCCGGAGCCGGGCGGGCCCCCGCAAGCGUCCCCUGACUCUGGUGCAGCGGGCCGGGCUGCUGCUGCUGCUGGGCCUGCUGGGAUUCCUGGCCCUCGUCGUCCUCAUGUCCCGCCUGGGCCGCGCCGCGGCCGACAGCGACCCCAACCUGGACCCCCUCAUGAACCCCCACAUCCGCGUGGGGCCCGCCUGAGGCCCGGCACGGGGCGGGGGGGGGGUCCCCUCCCCGCCCUCCUCCCCGCCGGGGGCCGGGGGCCGGCGGGACGGGUCCCCCUCGGCCGGGCUCCCCCGGCCCUCUCCGCCCCCAGGGAGAGCCGCGGGGCGCGAAAUAAAACGACGGACU